AUGAAAAACAGUCGUAAAACUACAACAAUUAUUGAAGAUACAACUCUGAAAAACACGAUAACAACGAUAAGUACAAUUCUAGAAAGUGCUCCUCCUGAAGAUUAUGACGAAGAAGUGUCCAACGAUAUUGCAAUGUUGAUCGAUACUACCUCACAUUCAACUCAGACAAUGACAACGACGAAAGUAAAACCAAACACCACAACGAGUCAGACAACAUCAACAACAACAAGCACGACAACGAGCUAUAAAACUAAAACUACUGCUUUAGACUUACCUUUGGAAGAAAUAAUAAUAGAAGCUAGUCCAAUAGUAAAUCAGGAAACUGCAACUGAUACUUCAGAAGCAUCUUCGAAACAAACAACAAUAGAACCUGACAUAAAUUUAGGCCUUGAAAUAUCAACAACCAUAAAUUUAGGUCAGGAAAUAACAACAAGUAGAAUCAGGACUUCGAGAACAAGAACAAACACAACCAGGACUUCGAGAACAACAGCAAACACAACCAGGACUCGAAGAACAACAACAACAACAAGCAUCAUAGCAGGCCAGGAAACUGCAACUGCUAAUUCAGAAACAUCUUCGAAGAAAAGAACUGCAGGUUGA